AUUAUUUUACCUAAAAAUAAUAUAAAAUUUUGCAACAACAUUUUUUUUUUUUUAAUUUAAAUUUAUAGAAACAUAAAAAAAUGGUAUUAACCAGUCUUAGACGUAGACCACUCAGCAUUUCAUAUGUAGCCCAAUUGCUUGAAAAUAAAGUAUUUUCAGAAAUUUCGGAUCAGGACGAUUUAAAGUACUUUACUGUUUGUUUCGUAGAAAGAGAAAAUUGCGACAAGUUUGAAGAUUCAAUUUAUGAUAACCAUGAAAAUGACAAUUUUAUACUUAGAAGAUUAAUGUUACACAAUGACACCAGGGAUAUUGUCUUAAAGGGUGAUAGAGCCUGUAUGCUUUCGUUGAAGUGUAAAAAUAUUUUUAGAAGAUCAAAUGAUGUUUCAUCAGUUGUUCCAGAAAAAAUAUUUGUUCCUUCAAGAUUAUCUUCUCCAGCCAACCUUGAAAAAAGAUACCAAGUCUAUUAUUAUAUUUUUAAACAUAAAAGAGAAUCAAUUAAUAGACUUUUGAUUAGCAGUAGAAUCAGUGUUGAGAAUGACCACAAUCAAACCAACGAAGUUAAUAACAAUCAAACCAAUGAAGUUAACAACAAUCAAACCAGUGAAGUCAACACCAAUCAAAAUAAUGAUAUGAUGGACCAAGAUAAUGAACAAAUGGUUCAAGAACCACCAAAUAUUCCAUUUCAAUGGUAAUAACUAUCAAAAAACCAAGAAUUAUUAAUAAUUCUUUUAAAAUGUAAAACAAUUAAAUAAAAAUAUUUUUUCCUGUUCCUUUUUUUUUUAA